AUGCCCGUCACUGCUAGUCCAAAUGAUGGAAUCAUGAAUGCUACUGGAAUCAGCCGAGAGCCCAAUGUCUGGAUUGGAUACACCAAACACGCCCGUAACUACCUCGACAAACAAGCCAAAGCACCCAACACGGAGCAGCAAAUACGCCAUCUUAAAGAGUUCUACAAGCAACAUUUCAGCUCGACGGAGCGUGUCAUGUUGCGUUGGUUAUGGUGCCAGAGACCCGUCGUUCAGAUAUGCGAGAUCAUCCCCACCUGA